UUUCAUGGUCGAGCUGAGAAUUGAAGCCUGGUCCCCAGAGUCAUAGUCCAAACCACUAUGUCAUGCUUGACAUACAGUAACCCAAUAAGUGAGAGAUCUCCAAAAUCCCAGGUCAUCAAUGUCCUGCUCAGAUCCUGGAAAUUGAGCACUAUGACUUCCUUGAUUGAAUCAAUCCACUUCUAGCACAGUUCCCUACUGCCUUCCCUUUACCAAGCACUAUCGUCUUUUCAAAUACGUUGCAUUGUCUCAUGAUAUGUCCAAAGUACAAUAGCCUCAAUAUAGUCAUCUCUGCUUCUAGUGAGAAUUCAGGCCUGAUUUGCUCUAAGACCCAUUCAUUUGUCUUUUUAUCAGUCUGUGGUAUCUGCGGAACUCUCCUCCAGCAUCACAUUUUGAAUGAGUUUAUCAUCUUCUUGACAGCUUGCUUCACUAUCCAUCUUUUACAACUAUACAUAGAAAUUGGAAGUCACGGUUCUUACUAAGCUGGAAGGGAAAUCUAGUUACUUGUCCAUGAUCAUGCAGACAGAUAAGGACUCUUAAUAUGGAUUUGUGUGUGUGAUUGAAGGACAGUUUUUAGACUGAAUUCCAUCUUGUCCCAACAGCAAAUCAAGCUUUUCGCAGGACUGUCAUGAAAAGUAUUGUCCGUGUCAGUAAUUGUAACUCAAAGCCUCAAGCAUUGCAUCUCUUUCACAGUCCAGGAUGAGGCUAAUCUAGGACAGGUUACAAGGUAGGAAAGUCUACCUGGCAACUGAGUCAAGGCCCACUGUUCUGUAAUUAUUCUAGUUUUGGUACUUGCUUGGAGCGUUCUUUACUAUCCAGCUUUUGCAACUAUAUCUAGAAACUGGAAAUCACAAAAAAGAGUUAUUGACUACUUGGAAGGGUGCAACACAGAGGUUGUGAACUGCUUUUAGUUCAGUGGACCACAGGUUGUCUGGGACUAUUCCAUCUCAGUGUAUGCAUGUGCUUGGAUGAAAAAUAGAGUUCCUUCUUCCCCAAGAUUAAUUUUUUAAUUGGUUCUCUUACAACAGUACAAAUGCUAAAGAGUAUGCAACUGUAUGUUCUAGUUAAAGCAGCAUUUAAUGGCAAUUAUUUCAUGCAUUUAAAAUGCCAAGAAAUGGGGCUGGAUUAACCAUUAUGCUAAGUAUGCUACAACAUUCAACUUCAGACAAAAUGGCCAACUUGAUCUGGUAUUCAUUAUCUCUGUGUUCCUUUUUGUUUGCAGAUCAUGAUACUCAAUCAUCAAAAGGCAGUGUCGUGAGUUUCCAGUUGUAGUAAGAUUUAAGGAUUGAUUCAUACAGACAGACUAUGCAUUCCUUCAUAUAUUAUCAAUUACUAUUCAUACAUGCACUAUUGUACUAAUUUCCAACCAAAUGUACAAACUGUAUUUGAGGUUAUGUGAAAGGAUAUGUAAAUUCUAUUCAUGUUGGCCUAUUCACACAAGUUGUCACUUGAUGGCUAUCAAAGGCAAUAGCUAUUAUAGUCUGUUACAGCAAAAACAACAAAGCUUCUUGUGGCACAUUAAAGAUUAGCAAGUUGUAUUGGGCAUAACUUCUCAGGCCUCCAGGCCAGUUCAUCAGAUCCAGCUGAGAAAGAGAGCUGAAGGCUAUGAAAGUUAUCAACAAUAAAACUAGAGAACAUGCAGGGUAUUGGCCAUUUAACAAAUAUAAACAAAAAUCCAUCAGUGAUACCUUUACUGGCCAACUGAAAUGGACAAUAUACAAUAAAACUAGUUAGUUGUUCAGGGUGCCAACAAGACAUUUUUGUUGUCCUUGAUGGCUGGCUGCAGUCAUUCAGUGAUUGUUUUCUAUGUGUGACCUGUCUCCAAAAAUCUCAGCAGUUGGCCCAUCACCAUGGAUUAGGGACUCUUAAAGUCUUUGGUUUGUUUUCCAUAGUUGCAGUUAGGAUGGCUAAGAAAAGGAGGAUUCUGCUCUACACUUCCAGUGUAUUUCUAGGAGCGAGUGACCUGCUAGAAGCUGUCUUGGGAUCAGAACAUGGAGGAUGAGUGGCUGGUUGUAGAUCCUGAUCAGAAAUCUGUUUACAAGGAAACUCACCAGGAGAACUGUGAAAGUCUGGUGGCACUGACAGGACCUCCAAGUUCCCAACACAAUGAGAUUUUCUUGGUGGAAGAGGAAGAGGAGCCUUGCAUCCCAGAACCUGGGAAGAGGGAAAACACAAGAAGAGGCAAUUUAGGUGAAGGAUUGGGUAGUGAGGAGGAGGAGGAAAGUGAGGAGGAAGAUGUCCAGCAGCAAAAUAAUACUGAGGUGGUGGAGUUGGAUGCCAGCAUGGUCCCAGGGAAUUGUAAGAGUCUGCGCUGGAGAGUGGUUCAGCAGGUAGGAGGUGGUAAGAAGGUUCUGGCAAGGGAUGGGCCACCCAUCAUGCUUCUGCAGAAGGGCUACGAGUGUGAGGACUGUGGGAAGGUGUUCAGCUGCAGCUCGCACUACAAUAAGCAUCGACGCACGCACACUGGAGAGCGACCUUUCCACUGUGGAGACUGUGGCAAGAGCUUUAAUGUCAGCUCCAACCUUUACAGGCACCAGCGGGCACAUGCCAAUGCUGGCACCACACCUGUAACACCUGCCCCGACCAUCUUGCCCAACCGUGGCUUGCCCUAUCAGUGUGUUGAAUGUGGCCGGUGUUUCCGCCGCAACACAGAGCUAGUGACCCACCAGCGGCUUCACACUGGCCGCCUGCCCUUCCAGUGUGGUGACUGCGGCAAGAGCUUCUCAUGGAGUUCGCACUUUGCCCGGCACCUGCGGAUCCAUACUGGAGAGAAGCCCUACCCGUGCAACGAAUGUGGCAAGCGCUUUAGUCGCAGCUCCCACCUCUACCGACACCAGCGUACCCAUGGGACCAACACUGCGGCUAAUGUCACCCGUGCCUACAUCUGCACCUACUGUGGACGCAGCUUCAGCACCACUCUGCAUUUUGAUCAGCAUCAGCGCACUCACCGGGGACGCAAACCCUACAAGUGCACCCUGUGUGGCAAAGCUUUUGCCGAUGGGCUGGCUUUGGUGAAACACCAGCGCUCACAUUUGAUAGGAGGGGAUCAGAGUCACCAAUGUUCUGAUUGCGGGCAAAGCUUUGGGGGCCGGUUGCAGCUGUCCCGUCACCGCCGUCUCCAUGGCACGGCUGACAAGCCCUACGGCUGCGGGCAGUGCGGGCAGAGCUUUGGCACGCGGGGCCAGCUGGCUCAGCACCAGCAACUUCACAUCUCCCCUGAGAAGCCCUACCACUGCGGAGAGUGUGGGCUCAGUUUUACCUGGAGCUCCCACUGGGAGCAGCAUCGGCGCAUCCACACAGGUGAAAGGCCAUACUCCUGCGGGGACUGUGGCAAAUGCUUUGGGCACACCUCCCACCUUUACCGGCACCAGCGCACCCAUGCCGGGGGCCAACCUCAUGUCUGCCAAGACUGCGGCAAGAGCUUCAAUAGCACCUUGCAUUUCCAACGGCACCAGCGCAACCACCAUCAUGACCCAGAGAAUGGCUUUCUCCCUGCCCACACUUGUAGGGACUGUGGCAUUCCUUUUGCCGACUCCUCGGCUCUUCUCAAACACCAGUGUGUGAGUGAGGGGGAGAGGCUGUAUCCCUGUCCCCAGUGUGGGCGGCGCUUCCGUGGGACCUCCCACCUUUACCAGCAUCUCCGUGGCCAUGCUCACCAGGCAGGGGAGGCUGUUCUAAUACCAGCUUCCCCAAAGUGUAAGGAAAUUGAACCAUGCUAAGGAGACAACUCAUCUACCCUAGAGAGAAAGGGGGUGCAAGGAGUUAUGUCUUUGGUUGACAAGCAGUCAGUGGUCCUGACAGAAAUUCCCCAGAUAUAUAAGGGCCCAAUCCAAAGUUCAUUGUGGGCUGUGCUGUAAAAAAAAAAAGGUUCUUUAGUCAUUGAGGUGCCAAGGGUGUAAAACUAUGUUGACUAAUUCAGAUUAGCAUAAUGGUAGGUGAAAUGUCAAGUUUCACCUUAACUUUUUUAUCAGAUACAUUCUGUUUGAGACAAUGUUUGGUCAAACACAAAAGCUUUCUUGCAACUGCAAUCUGCCUGGCCUGGUACAUCAUUUCCCCUGCUUUGGGAUCCAGGAUGGCCGCUAUGUUCCUCUCCAUUCCAGAGGGGAGAUGGAAUAUUUUGAGGGGCCUUCUCCCCAUAACUUGUGCUAUGCCAAACCGGACAGUCUUGUAAAAAAGCAGAGGGCUGCAAACAGAGUUAGAAGUGUGUCCACACACAGGGACUAAGGAAACUGCCAGGUAGCUGACAACACCCACAUUCUGUGCUAAAAAAAAGAAAGCUCACUUAAAGAGGGUUAAUUUACAUAACCAUAAUGGUGAUGUAUGGGUAUUCUUUAAAUUAUUCAGUAUGCUUGUGGCAAAGAUUAGGAUGAGCCGGGGAAGGCCUGGCUGGAGGAAGGAAUGUUGAGUAGCAGUAGCUACCACAUGAAAGAGGGAAACACAGGAACCUAUAUAAGAUAACAGUCUCUUCUGUGAUACAUGGCAUACAGCAGGAUUGGGAAAUAGGUGGCCCUCAGAAUAUUGUUGGGCUAUGGCUCCAAUUGACAGCCAGCAUGGCAUAGUGGUUGGACUGUGACUCUGGAUACCAGGGUUCGAUUCCCAGGGGGCAUCUACACUGUAGAAAUAAUACAAUUUAACUAUCAUGACUCCAUCUUACAGGACCCAGGGAUUUGUAGUUCUGGAAGACACCAGCACUCUAGCAGAGAGGCCAAAGUCCUUGUAAAACUACAAGUCCCAAGAUUCCACAGGAUUGAUCUGCAGCACUAAAAGUGGUGUCAAAUUGCAUUAUUUCUACAGUGUAGAUACAUCCUAGGAGAUCUUCCCACUACAGCUCAAAAUAACUGGACCAGAUUUAUCAUUUUAUCACUGGACAAGAAUUACCCCUUGAUUUUGCUCAGUGUGUUAGCCUAACAUUCUUCUGGCCAUAUUGGGGCAGAUGUUUGAAAGGAUGGUAUAAACUAAAUAUAUGUAUAAAUCAUUGCUGACUUAGGGUGAGCCAAAGGUGACUGUAUUCUGGAGGUUUCUUGGCAAGACCUGUUCAGAGGAGGUUUACCAUUGCUUUCCCCUGAGGCUAAGAGCAUGUGACUUGCACAAGGACACCCAGUGGGUUUUAUGGCUGAGCUGGAAAUCAAACCCUGGUCUCCAGAAUCAUAGUCAAAUCACUGCACCGCGCUUGCUUUCACUGAGUCAGAUCAAGCAUCCAUGUUGUACAACAUUAUUUAUUCUGCAGCACUUAAGGGGGCUUUCUAAACUGUACCUAUUGGUCCUUUGAAUAGGAAAAAUGGGAUUGAUUUUGAAGUCUUCUAAAUAGAUGGACAUCUAUGUUUUGCCAAUGAACUGUAGUUCUAGACCAAAUGUCAGUGCCAUGUUGGCUGCUUGGGUUCUGGGUGUUGCAGUCCAAGAAAAGUAACACUUCCAAGCUCCGAUUGAAGUAUGCCCUCUGGUCUAGAACUAAACUUUGCCAAGCUUUGAUUUCAGUGUAAUAUGAGUUGAAAACUGCCUUUAAGUGGACUUUGAAUUGGGCUACAGGGGAUGUAAUAGAUUAUGUGGGUAGACUAGAUAGUGGAGUAGAGCAGAAUGGUUUAGAAUGAAGGGGCUGGGUGGUAUGUGGAGGUGGAUGGUUCCUGCACUUGAAGGCUUGGGAUCUUUACUCGCAUCCCACACAUGCAAUCCUUGU